UCAUUCGUCACGGGAAAGUCAUAUGACAUUUGACAUAGGUGCUGGUGGAAUGAGAUUCAUUCGUAGACGAGCCCAAGUUUUCCAUUAAAUCUUUCAAGUUUCCUCGCAGGCUCUUCUCGUCUAAUAACACCAACAGGAAAAUGGCCCGUUUCCCCAUUAUCCUAGCACUUGUAUGUGCAAUUUCGGGGGCGUUUGCUGCCACAGUGCCGGUUGUAAUGUGGGGUCCUGGCAGCAAAUUAACAUCCGCCUUGAAUGGGAAUCCCGAAAGUGAUCUAAUCGACGCGGUUGUGGAUAGCUCGUUGACUUUGGCCUUCGCGGAAGACAGGCUUACUGCGGAAGAUAUUUCACAGUGCAAGGACGAGUCGAGGAAGUCGUGCUUCAAUUACUUGUCUGGAUUGAGUUCCAAGUCGUAUGUGCAAGUUUCGCAGCCAAUCGAGCGGAUCGAGGAGACCCUGGGGGAGGUGAGGUACGUGUACGUCGACAAGGACGGCCAAUUGGAUUCGGAAAUUCCAUUGAAGGAAUCUAAGGUGGUGAUCGUUUCCUUGGCGUUGGACCCAGAGCUGAGCCGAGAGGAGAAUCUGGUGAAACAUGAUGGCUACAUCAAGAAAAUCUACAACAAUGUCAUAUCAGCCGCCGGUGAUGCCAACGUCGUCGCUCUUUACACGGGAAAAUCAUCUGGUAGCUUAGUACGUAAAGCUCGUCAGGUAUCUUCAACAGCAGCUCCCGCCAGCUCAUCAACUGCAGCCCCAGUCAGCACAUCAACAACUGCAUCAUCCGGUUCAGUUCCCAUGGAAUCCUCAAAUGGAACUAUUUUGCAAGCCCCGGAAAUCCUCAUGUACUUCACCAAUCUUACAUUUACUGACAAGGAUACGAAAGUCCUUACAGUUAAGUCCCUUUCCGUUUCCAAAACAAGCGAUGAGAGCAGAUUCACGGUAACAAUGGUCACACAAGACGACACAAUUAAAUUCAAUGUAACCAAUGGAGCUGACGGCUAUUGGUCAGUGACUGACGUCGAAUACGGCAAAUACGAUAAUUUUGUAACAGACCGAACAGUCGGAGCGGCUGAUGGAUUCAGCUACUACUGCGGUCCACCCACCAAAUAUACCUUGCAAGCAGGACAAGCAUUGACCUGGACCAAGUGGCAAAUACAACCCAACUUCUCGACUAACCCGCAAAUCAACAAAUUCAAUGAUCCCUACAAUUGCGUUGGAUUCACUUCCAUUCCGAUUUGGUCUGGGCUGCUGGUGACUGUUAUUCUUCUGGCGAUCAUGAGCAUAGGCGUAACCUGGUUGAUGGACAUCAGGACUAUGGAUCGAUUCGAUGAUCCUAAGGGAAAGACUAUCACUGUUAAUACCGCGGAAUAAUGUAGUAUUCCUAGCGUUCAGUUUUUACGCUCAACGUAAAUGUGCCUUACGUAGAAAUUGUAUCCGACGAACUGGGCACUAAUGAACGUCAGUUUUAUUAAAUGUAUUAAUUGUUAUUACUUUAUAGUACGUUAUAUCGUUCAAGAUAACUAUAUAAAUAAUUCAUUCAUUCCGUCGCUAUAACAUUUACUGUAGUUCGUUUUCGAUUUAUCCGUUUGGUUUUCAGUUUGUUUCCUUUUCUUCUUAAUUUGGUUCCAUUCAGCACAAAAUCGUACGAUGUUUGAUGUAGUGUUGGUCGUCUAAUUUGUAAGAGGAAGCGCUGUGGUGAAAAAACGCCAAAUUUUCUUGAAAGUGUUUUUUUCUGCAAUGUAUAUACUUUAGGCAGUAAAAAUAAAGAGUUAUGAACAAAA